UGUUUUCAUAUCCUGUUUUGAUAUUGAUAACGAUUCUCGUGACGAUAUUGCACGAGAGCUAGAUAAACAUCAUAUUCGACAUGAACACGCAACAGGGAAUUCCAGCAGGAUCUCAGAAGGUGACAGUCGAACAGGCUGGAUAAUAGUUAUUGUCUCGAAGAAAGCACUGAAAUCUGGUGUAUUUUCGUUUAAUCUCAUGAAAUGCCUGACUGCCGAUGUUUAUGAAGGCAAACUGAGAGUUCUGCUUGUAUUGCGCAGCGGUGUGAAUAUCUCAGAUGUGCCAAGGUUUGUUCGAUGGGAUACAUGCUUCAGCGAAGAUGAAAAAUCAUACAAAAACUGGAUUGUAAGAACAGUUUCAGGAGCACCUGUAGAUAUUAGGAGGGCACUUCCAGCAGGGGAUGUAAUUCCAGGCUUAUGUUGGGCCUAUGUCUUGAACUACCUGAAGAUUAUACUGACGACCAGCAGUAUUUAUAAAAAAAUUCAAGAGUAUCUAACGAACAAAGACCUCAACUGCGGCUACAUCCGUAAACUAAUAGUGGUGUGGGUCAAGUCGUGCGAUAUGGAGAACACCCUAGACGUGGUUACAAACAAAAGCGGUGGGCGGCGUAAAAUUGCUAGCAGCGGUCCGAUAAAAGUUACAACAAAUAGCCUUGGUGGACAGAUAGGCAGACCAUUGAUGUGCAUAUGUUCAGCUACACUGACGAGUCAAUUCCAGGCAAUCAGAGAUGUUUCCUUGCUGAAUAUUGUACCCAGAUGCAAUGCGUCCAAACAAUGGAGAAAGGAUACACUGGCAUCAGCGCAGCCACAAAACAGGGCAUGGGAGAGUCGUUCAAGGAAAAGUUCAAAGACAUCAUGUCUCGUAGAAAAAUGAUAAAACUCUUCUCGAACUUCAAAGUUUCGUUUGUGUACUUCGAUGAUACAAAUCCACGAAAUCGUCUUAUGGACCUGUUGGAACAAGAGAUUUUUGAGCAGGAAUGCGAUGUUAUCACACGAAACUAGCGGACACUAUACAUAGGACGGAAGAGGACCAAACUGGUACUGAUGAUCAACAUAACAAAUCCAUCUGUACAACUAAAUCACCGAAGACUGGCUAAUAUAAAUUUACAUAUUAUUUAGCUUAUAAACGAAUUUAUUAUAGCAAGUAUAUCAUGUACUUUUUGAUCGUAAUCGUCAUUUUACAUUUGCAAGGUAUGACUCUCUAAAGACAUUCCAAUUUGAAUUAUACAAUUAUGUUUUAACUAAUUGAUCAAUUCAUUAUAUGGUUACUAUGUUGCUUAAUAACUUAACCAAUACAUUGAACUGGUAUUAUACAUGUCAUGUUUGAAUGAAGAAAGUAACAACUGUGUAAACUGUGAUUGUAUCUUAUUUUACAUUUUACAUAAACUCAAAGAGGGAUGCAACUUUUAUGGUCGAUAUCUAAAGUUUAUUAUGUAAAAUAAACUUAUCGUUGUAACAUUAUUAUUAAUGCUGAAUCUAAACAAAGGUUACUCUGUUAUUAAAAACGAAUAUUUAGUUAGAUAAUUUUUACAUUAGUAAAUUG